GAAACUUUGGACUUGUUAGGAUGGACUACAGCUUGCCAGUAGCAAAGAGAACCAGGCGGGGCCAAGAGUUGUACUGGAAGGAGUUUUAUGAGAACUGGAAGAAGAAUCGUAGGGGUGACAAGGUCAGUGUGAGUCACCCCGAAAGAUAUGUGAAAGAAAAGAAUGCCCAGAGACAAAAAUCCAUUCAUGGCUCCAAGAAAUCGUCGCCUGGAAGUUCAGUGGAGUACACGUAUGUACAUGAUUCUGAUGAAAGUGAGGAGGAGGCUAGAGCCUAUGCAUCACUGGAUGUUUCUGAUGAGGCUGAGGAGGCCAAUGCAAAGCCACCCACAAGAAGUAAACACAAUAAAAGGCUUGGGAAGCGAAAUUCCAGCAACGGGUCUAAGAAGUGCAGGUCCGGUUGUUCUAUAAAAUCCGAGUCUAUAGAGGUUUCUGAUCAUGGUGAGAAGACCACUGCAGGUCCUUCCACAGGAGCUAAAACAUGCCAAAAAAUGCUUGGGAAACAAAAAUCCAGUAGCGGGUCUAAGAUAUGGAGGUCCAGAUGUUCAUUGAACUUUGAGUCCAUAGAUGAUUCUGACGAUGGUGAGGAGGCCGCUGCAGCUCCCUCUAGAGGAGCUAAACGCGAAAAAAAGGUUGGGAAACGAAAAUCCUGUGAAGGGUCUACGAAAUGGAGGUCAAAUUGUUCAAUGGACUCUGAGUCCAUAAAUGAUUCUGAUGAUGGUGAGGGGGCCACUGCAGGUCCCUCUAGAGGAGCUAAACGCGAAAAAAAGGUUGGGAAACGAAAAUCCUCUGGAGGGUCUAGGAAACGGAGGUCUGGUUGUUCAAUGGAUUUUGAGUCUAUAGAUGUGUCUGAUGGUGGUGAAGUUCCCAGUGUUGAAAUCAUUGGUGAAGAUUCAUGUGGAGAAAAUGAUAAUGAUGGAAUGGAUUCUAUUGAUAUACAGAGUGCAGGAUCAAAGAAUGGAAAAACAUCUGAAUGUGGUCCACUUGAUUUGGAGGAUAGUGAUUCUGAUGUGGUGUAUUUAGGUGAAGAAGGAGUUGGAGAAGGAGGAGGAGGAGGAGGAGAUUUUGUUUCUGAUAGCUCAUAUGAAACAGAUACCCUCCUGUCUAGUGAAGAGGAAAGCGCUCAUUCGGAUGAUGAGGAUUAUGACCCAGAAGAGUCAGAAAGUUCUGAGUUUUCUAAGGAGUCGAGUUCUUCUGGCGGAGACAGCCAACAGAGCGAUGAAAGUGAUGGUGAGGUGAAUAUCCAAAGAACUGAUAAAAGGGAUGCUAAGGUGAAGAAACUGGAGAAUGUAAAUGAAAGGGAGCGAAAAAAGGGAAGCAGGAAAGCCAGAAAGCGGGAAAGUGUAGAGGAUAAUGUUGAGGUGAUAAAGGUGCACAAUAUUGAUGGAAGGGAGGUUAAAAAGGGAAGUCACAAAGAGGGAAAGGGAAAAAGUGUUAAGGGUGGUGUUGAGGUGAAGAAGUGGCAGCAUGUUGGGAAACAGGAGAAUAAAGGGCAUAUGGAGAAGCUUACGAACAGACAGUCCAUGUGGGAAACCAAACACUGCAAUGUUUUAAAUGUUCUUGUGGAUUCCAUCUAUGAGAAGGAAGAAGUGCUACAGGAAGGGUCAGAUACACUUGGGAAUGAAGCUUUGAAAGAUGAAAGAAAUCCACCAGUAGCUCAAGUUACCACUCUUCCACUGAAGUUUACUUUUGGAUCUACAUCUACGCAGCCAAGUGUACCAAAGAAGCAAGAAAUGGAUCCAGAAGAAAAAGAACUUUGGGAUUACCUUGACUUUGAUCUCAAAUCUUGUGAAAUUGGUUCCACUGAAUCACAUGAGGUUGAGAAUCAAGAUCCACUCCCCACUGUUUGUGAAGAGAAUGCAGCUGCCCUUUGUAAGCGAGGGAUUCAUCAGCUUAUGCUUGAUGAAGAGAUUGGAAGCAGAUGCAGAUUUUGCUCUUACUUAGAUCAGGAGAUCAAGUAUAUUGUACCAGAAUUUGUUAAGUACCCUUGCGAAAGAUUUGGUGCAAGAGUCUAUGAACCAGACAACCCAUCUAUCUUUGAUGAGCUUCAAUCUCUUGACUAUGGUUCCGAUCCCCAUUCUGGCUGCAGUUCUCACGUUCAUGCUGAAGGCACAGUGUGGGACUUCAUUCCAGGUGUUCAAAGCAGUAUGUAUUCUCAUCAGCGUGAAGGCUUUGAAUUCAUCUGGAAUCAUAUAGCUGGUGGAAUACAUGUUGAGGAGCUGAAAAGAAGAAGCAGUGAUUAUUCUGGGAAUGGAUGCAUAAUUUCACACGCUCCUGGAACUGGAAAGACACGGCUAACCAUUGUCUUUCUCCAGACAUACCUGAAGUUGUUUCCAAAGUGCAGGCCACUUUUGAUAGCUCCUCGCAGCAUGCUGCUAACUUGGGAAGAGGAGUUCAAAAAAUGGGAGUUUGACAUUCCUUUUCACAAUCUAAACAACACGGAGUUAUCUGGUGAAGAAAACGAAGCAGCUGUUGAUUUGAUGAUGAAAAUUGAUGGCCCGAAAAGCAUAAACAGAGUAAACAACAGCAGAAUGUUGAAGCUGUAUUCCUGGGCCAAGGAAAGAAGCAUCCUGGGAAUCAGUUAUCAAUUGUUUGAGAAGCUUUCUGGGGCAGAUCAUUCUGGAGCCGAGAAAAAAGGCCUAGCUGAGGUAAUGAGGGAUAUCCUUGUUGAGUUUCCUGGUCUUGUAGUAUUUGAUGAAGGCCACACUCCUCGGAAUAACAAAAGUCAUAUUUGGAAGGCUUUAUCAGAAAUCAAAACUAAAAAGCGGAUUCUUCUGUCCGGAACUCCUUUCCAGAAUAAUUUUCAGGAGCUCUUUAAUACAAUCUGCGUGGUGAGGCCUAUGUUUGCAGCCUCAAUCGACUCUGCUAAAUUCACUGGAGAUUUUCUCAGAUCCCGAGCCCGAAAAGGCAACGUAGAGAAGUGGCAGUGGACUUCUGUGGCCAAUUGUAGUGAAAAAGUUGCUGCUGAAAAAGAACAACAUGCUACAGAGGUCAAAGAAAAGAUUGCCCCGUUCGUCAAUGUCUACAAGGGUUCUGUACUGCAAGAUAGUCUUCCUGGGUUAAGGAACUCCGUUGUUGUUUUACACCCGAUGCAGCUACAGAAAAAGUUUCAUCAGAGAAUUCAAGGUGUAAAGGAACAAUUUCAAUAUGAACACUUGGAAGCUAUAAAUUCCAUUCAUCCUUCCCUCUUGCUUCACGAAGAUGCAUUUUCUGGUGAUUGGGAUAGGUUAAAAGAACUGAAAUUGAAUCCUGAUGCUGGAGUGAAGACAAAAUUUUUGAUGGAACUCAUUCGUCUCAGUGAUGCUUUGAAUGAGAGGGUUCUUGUUUUCUGUCAGUAUAUUAGUCCAUUAACUCUUGCAAGGGAUCUUCUGAGAUCUCAGUUUCACUGGAGUGAAGGGGAAGAAGUGCUCUACAUGGAUGGAAAAUGUGAUAUGAAGCAGCGUCAGUCUUCGAUGAAAAUUUUCAAUGACCCAUCCAGUAAAGCAAAGGUUUUACUAGCUUCAACUAAAGGAUGCUGCGAAGGCAUAAGCCUAGUCGGAGCUUCAAGGGUUGUGUUGCUCGAUGUCACUUGGAAUCCAUCGGUGGAGAGGCAAGCAAUAUCCCGUGCCUACAGGCUGGGGCAGAAAAAAAUUGUCUAUGUGUACCACCUCCUCAUGGAUGGAACGAAUGAAGAGCACAAAUACCGGCGGCAAGUGGACAAGAGCCGUUUGUCUGAGCUGGUAUUUUCUGAUUCAGACAGGAAUGAUUCUCUCGAGAAGAAAAUCAGAGCCGUUUCUGAAGAUAAGAUUUUGGAGGAGAUGGCUCAACAUGAGAAACUGAAACACAUAUUCGAGAGCAUAGCUUUGCUGCAUGAAGACAUAUAUUUUGAGCAGCUAGGCCUCUCAACUUUUGGUUAAACCAUAGCGGCUGUUUCCCACUUAAGUUUAUACAGGGAUUUUGUGUGAACUUGAUUUUAUUCAAUAUCUGAUCUAGGUGUAAAGAAAAAAAGCAUAGAUGAUGAUGCACUUGAAUUCUCUCUUAGUGAGAAUUAGCAAAACUUUGUGACAAUGUUUUGGAAAUUGAGAAUGUAUGUGAUGCAGAUUGCAGAAACUAGUUGUUGAUUCCUGACAGACAAUAUAAAG